CAAAAUAUGGCGCGGCCAUCUCGUGCUAUACUGAUAACAUCUUUUUAACCGAACUUCAAUCACAAUUCUACUCUACCUUUCAGAUAAAUUGUUCAAAUGAAUUUUAGACUGUUUCACCUCAGAAUGGUAAUCAGAAAUAUCUCUGUCGUUGUUUUCAUAUUUACAACUCUAUUGCCCAACACUUACAACGCUUUGGAGGAAACCGCAUCACAAACUGAUGACACACAAUCAUUUACUACAAGCGAUAACACAAUAACACCUGAUUUCAACGAAGAUUCCACACCAGCAUCCCUCAUGCAGCUAGAUGACUCGGCCAAUUCAACUCUAUUCAACUUCACUGAUCCUGAAACAAUUUUAUUUGAUGUGUGGGUUGAAGUGUCAGAUACAUUUCGACCUGAAGGGCGAUCUGUAGCUAUACUUACACCAUUGAUUGCUUAUAAUUACCAAUCAGGAAUAUUCUUCUAUCUACUCAAUCCACAACCAGAUGGAUCAUGUUUCGCCGGUGUCCACUACAUAUUGAAUACUUGGAACUUGUCACAAUUUACGGGUGUUGUAAUUGAUCUACAUAGACAGGGUGAAAAUUCGAAUUUCAAAUUGACCUUCUAUGGUAACUGUUCGGAUAUAUUCACUUGUCCAUCAUAUGAGUCAUUUUUCGAGACAUCUGGUGGACGAGAACAAAUCAAAAUACCAUUUACAACAUUUAAAGCAUACUUUCGUGGACAAUUGAAACCUGAAUCACCACCUUUAAAUCUAACUCAACUCUCUCGCUUCGGUAUACAAGCAUAUGGUGGUGUCUUUGCACCGAAAAAGCAAUCCGGUCCAGGUUCCAUCGAAAUAUUCACUAUUUCAGCAUAUAAGGAAGAUUAA